AUGCGACCACCACCUCCACCUCCACCACCACCACCACCACCUCCUCCACCACCACCAGUUUCAUCAUCAGAACCAAUUCAUCUACCUUUCGAGAAGGUUAUUGUGGAGCCUAUAGCGGUGGCUGCCGCCGCCUCUGCCGCCACAUCAGCAAGAACUUCCACCAAACCUGUUGUGCCUCAGACGUAUGUGAGAUCUUAUACAAUUGCAUCUCUUCAGCAAUACACAAACAGUUUUUCUCAGGAUAAUCUUAUUGGUGGAGGAAUGUUGGGGAGUGUUUAUAGGGCACAGCUUCCUGAUGGAAAGUUUCUUGCUGUGAAGAAAUUGGACAAAAAGGUUAUCAAUCAGCAAAAAGAGGAGGAUUUCAUUGAGCUUGUUAAUAAUAUUGACAAAAUUCGUCAUGCAAAUGUUGUUGAACUGAUGGGUUAUUGUUCAGAGCAUGGUCAAAGGCUAUUAAUUUAUGAAUAUUGUAGUAGUGGGACCCUUCAAGAUGCUCUACACUCUGAUGAUGAUUACAAAAGAAAAUUUUCAUGGAAAACACGCAUUCGAAUGGCACUUGGAGCUGCAAGAGCCUUAGAGUAUCUACACGAAUUCUGUGAUCCACCUGUCAUUCAUAGAAACUUCAAGUCAGCCAAUGUUCUUCUAGAUGAUGAUCUUUCUGUACGUGUCUCUGAUUGUGGUUUGGCUCCUUUAAUAACCCCAGGCUCAGUUAAUCAGUUGUCAGGAAACAUUCAGUCAGCCUUCAGUUAUGGUGCCCCUGAAUUCGAGUUAGGAAUCUAUACAUCUAUGAGUGAUGUGUACAGUUUUGGGGUGGUGAUGUUAGAACUUUUAACAGGCAGAAAAUCUUAUGACAGUGCACGACAUCGUGGGGAGCAGUUGUUGGUGAGAUGGGCAGUAGGUCAACUUCAUGAUAUUGAUGCAUUGUCAAGAAUGGUUGACCCUUCUCUUAAUGGUCAAUAUCCACCAAAAUCAUUAUCACAUUUUGCAGAUAUUAUAUCACGUUGUGUUCAGGUUUGUUAUUAUAAAACAUUUCUUCUUAAUUAA